GACUCAACUCACUUUCCCAUCUGCACACCAAAAAAUGGCAGCCAACAUCUCUCUCAUCACUACCACCCUCCUCCUUAUCCUGUGCACCCUCACCAAAGCUACGCCCCCAGGCCUCAUCCUAACCCUAGUCAACAACUGCCCCUACACCAUCUGGCCCGCCAUCCAGCCCAACUCCGGCCACCCCGUCCUCGAGCGCGGCGGCUUCUCCCUCUCCACCCUCACCCACCGCUCCUUCCCCGCCCCCUCCGCCCACUGGUCCGGCCGCAUCUGGGCCCGCACCUCCUGCUCCCACAACGGCCACCACUUCUCCUGCGCCACCGGCGACUGCGGCGGCCGCCUCGAGUGCAACGGCCUCGGCGGCGCCGCCCCCGCCACCCUCGCCCAGUUCGUCCUCCACCACGGCCACGCCGACUUCUCCACCUACGGCGUCAGCCUCGUCGACGGCUUCAACGUCCCCAUGACCGUCACGCCGCACGAGGGCAAGGGCACGUGCCCCGUCGUCGGCUGCCGCGCGGAUCUCCUCCGCACGUGCCCGCACGCGCUGCAGAAGAAGAAUCCGCACGGUGCGGUCGUGGGGUGCAAGAGCGGGUGCGAGGCGUUCGCUACGGACGAGCUGUGCUGCAGGAACCACUACAACAGUCCGCAGACGUGCAGGCCGUCGAGCUACUCGGAGUUCUUCAAGCACGCGUGCCCGGCGACCUUCACCUACGCGCACGAUAGCCCCUCGCUUAUGCACGAGUGCUCUGCUCCCAAAGAGCUCAAAGUUAUCUUCUGUCACUGAGAUUUUUUAGAUCUCUGCUGCUUUCUAUGUCUUUGAAUCUGUGUUUCUUAUUUCUCUCUGUGGAGAAUUUGAUGCUUAUGGACUUAUGGAAGUUUUGUUUUGGAAAUAAAUUCUGGGAAAUGUAUGUUUCUUGCUUGGUCUCCACUAAAUAUCGUUUCUUUUUCUCCUUUA